UGAUGAGAUCAUAGAUGUCGUUCCUUCUAACUUCUUUGACAUUAUCACCCUUUUUUUGUUCUUUUUUUCCUUUUGUAUUUACCAAUGUAAUUGCAUGGAAACAGGGAGCAAGAUUGAAGAAUCAGAGGAUGAAGAAUCAAUGGAUUGGAAAUCAGAGGAUGAAGAAUCAGAGGAUUGGAAAUCAAGGGUUGAAGAACUAGAGGAUGAAAAAUCUAAGGAUGGAAAAAGUUAUGGGGAAUGUAAGUAUUGUUUGAAGGUGGAUAAGCACCCUACACAACUAUGCUCUUAUAGUUAUCGAGUCCCAAAGAACGCAAUUGUUGGCGAGAGUUGUGUGGUUGCAUGUCUUGUAUGUGGCUGCCUCUUUAGAGACUCAUGUUGUGCUGAUUGUGGCGUGAGCAUAGGACAUGCACUUCUCAAGGAUUGUACAAUCUGUGGGAAGAAAGAAGAACACUCAAAUUUUGAGUGCCCGGAACGCGAGGAGAAACGUAAGAAUUCUGGCUUUACUUACGACCCUUAUACUGGUUCUUUUUCUGUCGAGAUUUGCCCUUUGAAAUAG